CAACGAUACCCAAUCCCUCUCCUGUCUCGUUGCUCCGCUCGUUUAGCGGAUCCCAUCGUCCGUUCUCCGACGUUUUACCUCGCCCGGCUCACGCGCACCUCCCUGCUCCCGCCUCCUUCCUCCCGAUUCCCUUUCCCUUUCCCUUUCCCUUGCCCUUUUGUCAGCCGACCAUGAUCAUGCCAUGAGGCCUCGCCUGGACGCAUAAGAACGAGAACUAGGGCUUUCUGAAGAUGACAUUUCUAAUCAUCUAGGGUUUCCCUACCGCCAUCAUGGUGCACAUCUCCGAGAUCACCGACGGCGCCGCCGCCUCCGCCAAGGAAGAUGAGAAAGAUGUCUCAGAGACGCUCUUGGCUGCUGUACAUACCUCCGUCGAACAAGACAGCUCCACCCACGGAUUGGAGCAGCCCCCUCCGCAGGUCCAGGAGCCUGCCUCCCCGUUUGAGCAGAACGAACCACCGCCACUUCCACUGCUGCUUCCUCCCCAGGAGACUCCCUUAGAGCCAGAUGAGGCUGUUCGUCCUCCGCCACUGGAGCCAGAGCCGGAGCUGGCACCGGCGUCAGUGUGUCCGUCUGCCUCUGUGCCGCUGGAUAGUUCUCAGAUCGUGGCUCCAGCCCCUGCCACUGCUUCUUCCGACGUCAAAGUCCCCUAUAAUGAGUACGCUCUCCGCGUUGCCUACAUCAUGCGCAGCUACCUCAACAUGCGGUCCAGUGGGGCCGCCGCCGACUUCGCUUCUGCCGGUUCCAAUGGGGAGUCCUGCUGCAGGGCGAUGAUGGAAGUGACUCGGAAGGAGAAUGGGCGAUGGGGAGUAUCAAAAGUUGAGACUGAGCACACUCACCUGCUUGACCCGCCACAGGACCUUGCGAGCACACUAGCUACUGGUGGUCUGGUUCCCGUUUUAGGCAUGGAGUUUGACUCCAUUUCAGCUGCUAAGCAGUACUAUAGUGCUUACAGUGAGAAGAUGGGUUUCCAGUCCAAGACAGGCUCAGGGAAGAAGUCGAGGGGGACGAGGCUCUUGCUCAUGCAGAGGUUCUUGUGCUCCAAGGGGCACUUCCCCACCUACGUCAAUGCUGCUGAGAACGCUACAAGGAAGAGGAAGCGCAUUUUGAAUAAAAAGGUAGCUAAAAAGGAAGCAAAAGAAGUCAAGACAGAUUGUGAUAUGCUCGAGGCCAUUGAGGUAGAAAACUUAGUGGAGAAAGAUAGCAUGGCACUUGAGGAUCAGAGAGGGGAAAUAGAUGCAGAGAAGGCUCCGUCUGGUUCUGGAAAUGAUAAAGGGAAAGGGAAGAACUGUGGGAAGGUACCACUGGUAUCCAAUUCAGGACAGUCCCGGUUGUUGAGAGAGCUUGGUAUAAGAGUAUCACGCUACACAAAUGAGGAAAGAAGGAAUAUAAUACUUAAAUACAUGCAGAAAAGGAGUGGUAGACAAGCAGUUGACAGAUCCAUUAAGAUUCCCUCUCGACAAGCUUUGGCUGAAAGGAGGCAACGUGGUGUUGGAGGGAAGUUUCUUAGUAGAGAAGAGACACAGACCAUGAGCAGACAGGAAGAAACAUUGGACGAAGAGCCUGAAUUACCAGCAGAAGUAGUUGCAAAUGCUGGAGGAAUUCCAAUUGUCGGUAUGGUGUUUGAAAAUGAGGACAAGGCAUAUGACUAUUACAUCAAGUAUGCAGGAAGUGUAGGUUUUAGCGUCCGUAAAGGCUGGUGGGAUAAAUCUGCCAGAAAUGUUACUAGAUCACGGGUUUAUGUGUGCUCCAGAGAAGGCUUUCGGCCAAAAAACGAAACAAGGAGACCACGAGCAGAAACAAGAACUGGUUGUCCUGCUUGUAUGGCAAUCAAACUGACAUCCAGUGGUAAAUACCGUGUAAUGGAAUUUGUUGCCGAUCAUAACCAUCAGCUUGCUGCACCCUUAGACAUGCAGAUGUUGAGCUCAAAAAAGAUGCUAACUAAUGUUCAACCUUCUGGACGUCAGAAUGCUAGUAUUAUUCCUGUCGGAUAUAAAAAUUAUAUCCGAGUUAAACGUUCUAAGGCGGUGCAGUUGGGUGAUACAGGGGCCUUGUUCGAAUACUUUCAGAGGAUGAAAGGUGAUAAUCCAUCAUUUUUCUAUGCCAUCCAGGUUGAUGAAUACGAUCAAAUGACUAAUGUCUUCUGGGCAGAUGCAAAGUCCAUGAUGGAUUAUCACUAUUUUGGUGAUGCUGUAUGCUUUGACACAUCUUAUAGAGCAAAUGAAUAUGGCAGGCCAUUAGCUUUAUUUAUAGGCAUUAAUCAUCAUAGACAUGUGGUUAUUUUUGCUGCAGCAUUUCUAUAUGAUGAAAGUGUAGAAUCAUUUAAAUGGCUGUUUGAGACUUUUAAGACAGCAAUGUGCGGGAAGCAACCACACACAAUUUUCAUUGAUCAAUGCUUAGCUAUAAGUGAUGCAAUAACUGCUACAUGGCCUGGUACAGUUCAACAUUUAUGUGUUUGGCAAAUAUUCCAAAAUGCCACUAAGCAACUAGCAGAUGUCUUUGAAGGCUCAGAAAACUUUGCACAUGAUUUUGAACAAUGUAUAUAUUAUGAUUUUGAGGAUGAAGAUGAGUUUCAUUUGGCAUGGAAAUUGAUGUUAGAGAAAUAUGAUCUUAAGGAUAAUGAGUGGUUGACUAAACUAUAUCAAGAAAAGGAAAAUUGGUCCUCACCAUAUGGUCGGCAAACAUUCUCUGCAGAUAUAAAAAGUGCAUUAAGAGCGGAGAAUUUUGGUAGUUAUCUAAAAGAGCAUCUGAAUUUGGAAAAGGAUCUAAGAAGCUUUCUGGAGAUAUAUGAGUUAUUGUUAGAGCAGCGAAGAUAUAAUGAGUUGCAGGCAGAUUAUAAUGCAAAUCAACCCCACCCAAGAAUACCACCUUUAAGAUUGCUCUGGCAAGCUGCAAAUGCAUACACGCCUGCCGUGUAUGAUAUCUUCAGAAGAGAGGUCGAAUUGUUCCUUGAUUCUAUGGUGUACUGCUCUGGUGAAGCUGGAAUUCUAUUUCAGUAUGAGGUCACAGUCAAAGAAAAAAGUAAAGUGCACUGUGUCAGAUUUGAUUCAUCCAAUGGUUCUAUUAUAUGCAGUUGUGGUAAGUUGGAAUCUGUUGGGAUUCCAUGUUGCCAUGUACUAAAGGUAUUAGACCUCAGAAAUAUUAAAGAGCUUCCACCACAAUACAUUUUGAAGAGGUGGAGAAAAGAUGCCAAGGUUGGGAAUUUAAAUGAGAACCAUGGCAUCACCUUAGACAGUGACUCUAAAUCAUCUGUAUCAAAGCGUUAUAGCUCUCUUUGCCGCACAUUGUUCAAACUCGCUGCAAGGGCUGCUGAAAAUGAGGAAGCUUUCACAUUGAUGGUCAACCAUUCGGAUCAACUUCUCGACGAAGUUGAGCAAAUUUUGCAAGCAAGACUUCUUGAGAAACCAGCAAUCAGUGGCACAUCAAAGGGCCAUCCUCAUAAUCUGAUUGAUAGCAGAAAUUCAAGCCAUGGGACUGGUAAUGAUCCUCAAAAGCCUAGUGGAAAGAAGAAGAGCAAUGGAGGUACACGUCGUAGAAAUGAAAAUGAAGUUGAAUUAAAUAAACGGCAAAAGGCAAGAAAAGGACAACCUGAUGAUGCAGAAGUGUCAGCAAGAGAUAAUGAAACACAUGUUCCACCAAACAGCAUCUCCUCUCAACCAAGGAAUCCUGGAAAUCAGUUUCUUGUGCCUAAUCAGUUUAUGCAGGGGCCUUUUGUGGCACCUCACCAAUUUGGAGUUGGUGCCAUGCAAGGAUAUCCAAUGAGUCAAUUCGGUCAGGAUUCCUCAGCGUCAACUUUACCUCAACAGCCAUUCACUAAUAGUUCCCACUUUACUCAGGGAUUUCCUACUCCAGAUUUGCAAGCGCUGCAGUUCAUUGGGAACAAUGCUCAACUCGAUCAUCAAAGUAACGAUCAAGGACAAUGUGCUAUUCCAGUUUGGGAUUUUCUCUCCGAACGGUUCUCAGUGCGUGAUGUUGUAAAUGAGCUGCAUAUUCUUGUUGAGGGGUUGAAGUUAGGCAUGGUUUUGUUAACUUCACAUCCGUUUAUAGAAUGUAAUAUUCCAUCGGCCUAAGUAAAAUUUCAUUAUUUGGGCCACAGAAGAUUUCUCCACCUUUGUUAAAUUCAUGGUGUGAAGUUGUUUAUUGAAAAUCCAAAUCUUAAUACAACGAUUAUUGAUGGAACUCGUUAACGUUUA